GAAAACCAAAAGAAAAGUGAACAAGUGCUAGAAAAAUAAAAUAAAGUAUUAUCUUGUGCCGCCGCUGAGGGGUUUUCCUUUUAUUUAUACAAAAUUAUCGAUCAAAUACAUAACACACUUUCCUGGAUGUCCAACAAAAAAUACAUAAAUAAAAAAAGAAGGAAAGGAAACGAAACGAGGACGCUGCUCAUUAGUUACCUGCGGCAGGACAUAGUUCCUCGGAGGCGUCAGCUGACAGAAAGAGUGCACCAAAUAAAACCAAAUAGAAAAAACAAUCACACAUCAAAUCAAAACUCAGAUUAUGAAUUAUGCAACAGAGAGGAUGCAAAAUAGAGCCACUAGAACCGCAGCACGAUUUGCUUAGAGCACGAACGUAGAAACGCUAGACUCUAGACCAGAGAGCAAACACAGAAAACACAAAAAAAACACACAAGAAAAGGACGAAGGACGAAGGACGAUUGGAAUUUCCCCAGACAGCUCUCUGUCAGGAUGGUGGACGACAUCUCCCCGAUGCAUCAUCGCAUGCAGAAGAAGACGAGAAGCGCCUCCAUUUGUGCCACCGGCGCCAGCAUCGAGACGGUCAUCCAUGGGAUGCCCAGUGCCUCGGGCAGUGCCACGCCCGAAGGUGGCACACCGGGCUAUCGACGACGCCGGCCGGCAACGCGCUCCCAGAGUGCUCGCAUCACCUCCGGCGCCAGAUCGGUUCGUCAGCGGACCAAGGCCCAGCAGCAGCAACAGCAGCAGCAGCACACGCUCCAGGACACGCGCUCCUACUGCACCAGCGAGCCGCGGCUGAGUGAGACGGAGACGCCACCACAACGCCGCAAGUUAUCACAGCGGAGGCCACAGCCACACGCACAUAGAAAAUCCAACGCCUUCCUGGACGUGCCCACCAUGAACAUGCAUCACCUGCGCGUCAACGAUGACGACGAGGAUGUGGACCGACUGCGCACUUUCAGUGCCUCCAAGGGCGGUAUCAUUAAUCGAGGCGACUCCUUCCGCCGCCGUCGCUCGCGCAGCAACAGCCUUGCCCCCUCCAGUCCCAUGCAUCCGCGAAGCGGCGUGGGCGGCAACCUGGGCGGCGGUGUCGGCGGUGGCAGCAGCCUGGGCCUCGGCUGCGGAUACAAUGGCGGCAGCACUGGCAAUGGAUUUGGGGGUAACACCAGCCAGGCCCAGGAGAACCAUCAGCCUGUGGAGUUCUAUCGCGUCGAAAUGCUGGGCUCCGCAGGCGUGGGCAAGCAGGCUCUGGUUUCGCAGUUCCGUACCUCGGACUGCAUCAAUGCCUACGAUGGACCGGAGUGCGACGAGGCCGAGCAGAACAUCUCCAUCAUUUUGAAUGGCACCGAAUCGGAGCUGAAGUUUCUCACAGGGAAUACGGAGAGCAAGGACGAACUGGAGGAGGCGGAUGCGUUUCUGGUCGUCUACUCCUGCAUUGACAAGGAGUCCUUUACGCGGGCCAAGCAGAUCCUAUCGCGGCUGCAGGACAUGGACCUGCUGCGCCAUCGCCCCACCAUUCUGGUGGCCAACAAAAUUGAUUUGGCCCGCUCACGAGCCGUCUCCGCGCAGGAUGGCAAAUGCCUGGCUUGCACAUUUGGCGCCAAGUUUAUCGAGGUCUCUGUGGGCAUUAAUCACAAUUGCGAUGAGCUCCUUGCCGGCACCCUUACCCAGAUCCGACUAAAGAAGGACCAGAACCAGCUCCAGCUUAAUCCGAAAAAAUCAAAAGAUAAAAACAAAUUUAGAGAAAACAAGAACGUAGAGACUGUUGUAGAAACUGAUAAAUGUCUGACUGAUCUAAAAACUGGCGAUGGGGGACCAAGGGACGCCAACUCGCCGGCUCACUGGUACAAGAGCCGCAGCGUGAUGCUGGCCAGCAUGAAGGCCCGCCAGAUGCUCACCUGGAUCCUGGGCAAGGAGGACUCCAAGUUCAAGCACUGCGAGAACCUGCAGGUGCUCUAAGCCAGCCAGCAACAUACAUGCUAUAUAUGGAUAUGUACUAUACUUUAAGGGUUACCUGUCUUGUCUCUCUGUAUCGAUAUGUGGAUAUGUGAACAGAAGGCGAGGCGUAGCGAAGCGGAGGCGGAAAGCUUUAUCUCUAAGUGCUACCCAGGAUGGGGCUCAUCUAAUAUGUAAACAGGUUUCGACAGCAGAUUCGAAGCCCUCCUCCUCCCAUCCCAGCCCAUAUAAUGUCUAAGCUUAAGCCCGAUAAUCAAAAGUUAAAUCAAAUUUAAUGUAAAUGUAAAACAUGACCAGUCGACGUAGUAUAGUGAGCAGCAGGCUAGCGGCAGGACGACCCAAUGGAACCAAGCGAAUGGAGCAAAAACCAAAAACUUACUAACUAAACUAUAACUAAACACUAAAACUAAAAUAAACAGAGAACUUGUGUACUUAACUAGCAACUUUAGUAACUUUUCUAAGCCACGAACAGAGCGUGUGUAGAGAGGGAAUAUUUUUCAUAAGCUGGUUAGCAGCUUUAAUAUUUACAAGCAGGCAAAAUUUUUCCCGUUCAGAAAACAAAGAAUAUCUAAACGAUUUUUGUAUAAGAUUUAUAUAGAGUAUAUAUAUAUAUACCUUUGUGUAAAUGUGUGUGUAUAUAUAGGGCCUGAACAAUUCGUUAGUUAAAGCUUAGGGGAGUCUUACAGGGUCAAAUCGUUUAAUCAAAAGUUAGCCCUCGAUGAGUGUCCAUCAUUAACGAGUAUGUAUGUAGUUUUAGAAUUCAAUAUUCUUUGUGUCUUCCUUAGUCGAAUAUGUACGUGUGUGUGUAUGUCUAUAUUAGGGAUAAGGAUCCUUCCAAAUAAAUAAAGUGAAACAACAAAAUUAAAGUGCAAUGCAAGGAAUUCGCGUGUCAUCCACAAAAAUAACGCCAUCAUGUCAAUGUGCUCAAAUGUGGAGACAUGAAAACAGAAACUACAAUAAUAUCCUUAACAUGUAUACCAUAUAGAGUUGAUGUGUACAUAUAUAUGAAUAUAAUUAAUAAAAUA